CCAGUAGCGAGUAGUGAUUCUGCCGGGCAGGCGGGCACUGGCUGUCGAGUCCCCCGGGUUCCCGGUCAAGUCUCCUCCGCUCCCACCACUCCGCGUAACCGCUGCCGCUCCACCGCCAAGCGCCGGCGACCAACUGCAUUUGCAGCUCUCGCAGCGCCGCCCAGCGAGAGAAAGCGCGCGGAGCCAGGUAUAGCCAGCGAUGGAGGCGGGGGACGAGCGGGCGGCGGAGGCGCAGCGGGAGAAGGAGGCCGGCAACGCCGCCUACCACAAGCUCUUCCUCGAGACGGCCGUGCUCCACUACACCCGCGGCGCGGACCUCGACCCGCGCGACAUCUCCUUCCUCACCAACCGCGCCGCCGCCUACCUCCUCAUGUCCAAGUACAAGGAGUGCGUGAGGGAUUGCGACGAGGCGGUGGAGAAGGGCAGGGAGCUCCGCGCGGACAACAGGCUGGUCGCGCGGGCGCUGUCGCGGAAGGCGUCGGCGCUGCUCAAGCUCGCCGGGUGCGCCGGGGACUACGCGCCUGCGAUCAGGGCGCUGCAGCAGUCGCUGGCCGAGCAUUACAGCGAGGAGACGCGCGCCAAGCUGCGGGAAGCGGAGACCGCGAGGAAGGAGGUCGAGGAGCAGGAGCGGCUGGAUCAGGAAGCCUCCGACUACCACCGCGAGAAAGGCAAUGAAUUCUUCAAGCAGAAGAAAUAUCAGGAAGCAGCAUCCCACUAUACUGAAGCUAUUAAAAUGAAUCCAAACGAUCCCAGAGUCUUUAGCAACAGAGCUCAAUGCCACAUCUAUCUGGGAAAUCUUCCUGAAGGUCUUGAAGAUGCAGAAAACUGUAUUGAGGUGGAUCCUACUUUUCUGAAGGGCUAUGUGCGUAAAGCCAAUGUGCAGUUCCUAAUGGAUAAUUAUGAAAGUGCUCUGGCAACUUACGUAGAGGGUUUGAAGUAUGACCCAAACAAUAUUGAUGUGAUCGAUGGCUUAAGAAGAUGUGCGGCAUGCAUUAAGAGUUCUAAUGGUGGCCAUGUUGAGCCUGUGGAUUUGAAAGAAAUCUUGGGAGAUUUUCGUUCAGAUGAUGAUUUGCGUAGUAAACUUCAAAGGAACAUGGAAGAGGCUGCAGUAUUCAAGAAAGAAGCCUCUGAUGAGCGCCUGAGGCGGAUUGAAUCUGAACGAAUGGCCAGGACAUCAGAGGACUUAUAUUUAAACCAGGUCCAGCAACGGAAAGAAACUGAGGAAUAUCUUUCCAAAGUACAAGAAGAGCUGCAGCAACUUAAAGUACGGCAAGAUGAGUUUAUUGACGAACUUCAGAAAGCCAAUGAGCAUAACGAGGAUCUUCAACAUCAGCUCUCAGAACUCUCAGAAUCAAGAGAGCGAUAUGACCAGCUUCUAUCAGAGCACGACCACCUGCUACAUGAACGAAACCAUGCAGUCAGAGAGGUUGACGAAUUACGCCAGAGAAGAGGCCAGAUUCUUUCAGUUUUGCUUACAGCGAUGCACUGUGAGUUUUCAUCAUCUGAACUGGAGCGUGCAACAGAAAAUUUCAAUAGUUCACUGAAGAUCGGAGAAGGUGGGUUUGGUUGUGUAUACCGAGGUGUCCUGCGGAACAUGGCAGUUGCAAUAAAGGUGCUGAGACCUGAUGGUUUACAAGGGCGAUCACAGUUUGAGCAAGAGGUUGCUAUCCUCAGUAGAGUGAGACACCCCAACCUGGUAACUCUUCUAGGAGCAUGCUCAGAGUCGUCUACGCUUGUGUAUGAGUUCUUACCAAAUGGUAGCCUUGAAGAUUUUCUUGUAUGCGCGGAGAAGAGGCAAACUUUGACAUGGCAAAUUCGCAUCCAAAUUAUUGCCGAGAUAUGUUCAGCUCUGAUCUUUCUGCAUGAGAACAAACCUCACCCAGUCGUUCAUGGAGAUCUCAAGCCUGCUAACAUUCUCCUUGAUGUUAACUUAGUCAGUAAGCUUAGUGAUUUUGGUAUUUCUCGCUUGCUAAUCCAGUCCAGUAGCGAUAAUACCACUCUGUACCGCACCAUGCAUCCUGUGGGGACCCCUAUGUACAUGGACCCUGAAUUUCUUGCCACCGGGGAGAUGACACCUCGCUCCGAUGUUUAUUCUUUCGGAAUCGUGGUCUUGCGCUUGUUAACUGGAAGGCCUCCUGUUGGUAUAAAGAAGAUUGUAGAGGAUGCGAUGGAGGAAGGUGACCUGAACACUAUAAUUGAUACCUCAGCCGGAGAGUGGCCUGAUGUCCACGUGCAGCAGCUAGCAUACCUUGCUCUCAGAUGCACUGAACUAAGCAGGAAGUGCCGUCCUGAUCUUUCAGGCGAUCUCUGGAGAGCAGUUGAGGCCAUGAGGGAUGCCACAACAUUAUGUUCGCCAUCAUCUUCGAGAUCAGUGCUGGAUGAAAACCGCACACCGUCGUACUUCAUCUGUCCUAUUUCUCAGGAUGUCAUGAAUGACCCUCACGUUGCAGCCGAUGGGUUCACCUAUGAAGGUGAUUGCAUCAGGAGCUGGCUCAGCACGGGGCGUGAAACAUCUCCAAUGACCAACUUGCCACUUCAGCAUGACGAGCUCAUCCCCAAUCUUGCUCUCCGUUCCGCCAUUCAGGAAUGGCUGCAGCUGCAGAACACCGCGCUGUAAUUUUUCAUUUAAUCAGCACGCUUCCCUCCCAACUGCCACAAAGUCCACAAGUAUCUCCUCGGCAUGGGACCAACUCCUCGCCGAAAUCUCUGAACCUGGAAGGUAGAAGAGGAAUGUCCAACAGUAGUGUUAACAAAUAACAAGUAGUCUGACCUUGUAUGUAAUGUAGUAUAUGUUAGCGAUUUCGUGAAACGGUUAUUAUGUAAUAUUGUAGGUGGUUCAUGUGGAAGAAAUACUAUGCCACUCUUGUAGGUGGUUCAUGUGGACAGAUGAACUGGGGACCAUAGUUGCUCUUGUAAAGUACUGUCAGAUCUGGCCAAGCUUCUAGCUACACAGUACACAGCACAUUACACA